CCUUGCUACCUUUUUUCGUAAUUUAUUAGAAUCGGAAUUCCUGCGGCAAUUUCCGUAUGCCUUGUUUAAGUGCAAAACUUACUGCACGACUUGCUUAUUCAGGGCGCACCAAACGAUCCCGGCACACAAACGAUGACCUGCGCACCGCGGCUGCGCAGUGAGCCACAUAGUGUCUGCUCAACUGAGUACAACUCUCAAAAUUCGAACAUUCGUUCGUCAGUUCCACCGGUCGUUUCGUCAUGUCGUGCCGCGAUGUGACGAUAUAUAAAAACACAGUUUUUUUAUCACUACUUUGCUAGCAUCGUGAUACAUCAGACAGCACUGUCCGACCCGCGUCAUUAACUUCUAUUCAAUAUAAUUGCUUUAGUUUGUUUAUUCAUAAAACGCUGCUCCAGUGCUGCGGAGCCAACGAAAAAACAAUAAUUCGAAAACAGAGUCAAACUAAAAAGAAUAAACAUUCAAAAUGAGCCGGACGUUGAGUUUGAUUAUUUUAUUUUUUGGCGUUUUUUACGCCAAUGCCCACGAUCUCGAUGGCAACGGUACCGAAUAUGAUGAAAUCAACUUGAGAAACGGUCAGAACUUUAUACCGAACCAGCUAACGGUAGAACCAGAGAAGGAUACGAGAAAAACAAUGACAGAUGCACGCGGUCAAGGUGGAGAAGUAAGCCAGGGCAGGACUUUUGCUAUCAAAAGAUUGCAAUUCAUGUUGCUCCCUGUUAUGUACAAGAUGGGAGUGCUGACGACUCUUCUAACGGUGCUUCUAAUCGUAUCCUUGAAAAGUUUGCUAAUCGGGGUUAUCCUGCUGGUCCUUAAGGUGGGUAGUUUCUUGGCGAAAUUCCAUCAGCCGCAUGCGGAACCGCAUCAUCAAAUGCCUUGGUACAUGCCUCCGCAACCGUGGGUGCAACCACAACCGAUCCACGUACACCUAUCGCCUAGUAGCGACGGCAGUCAUCACAGUCAUCAGGAUCAGGUUUACUCUGGUUGGGAUCGAUCGCCGCCCACAGGUCCAUAUGGGUCCUCGAUACCGGUAGAUUACGGUCAAUAUUACUUCAAGGGUUAAUCAGUCGUGAUUCCCAUGCGCAAAAACGUUUGCGACUCCGAGUCGUACACCUUCGAUUGAUGGGACAGUUUUUUUUCUCCCAUAAGUUGAGUGAAAAAUUCUACGGAAUUUAUUUGAAAUACCGUUAAAGCAUUUCUUCUUUAUACUGGCUCAGCAACGAAGCAUGGUAUUUCCUACUUUACAUUACUCUAGUUUUUUCGAAUGGUCAAACGAUGUGGAAUUGUCAUUCGAUGUGUGGGUACGUAUGUACCUCAAGAUAAUCCUGAUUUUAAUUCGAUCACUCAAGUCAUCCGGUGAGCAUCCGAAGGGAUAUCGUGUACAUACAUGGAUAAAUAUAUCCGAAGAAUGAAAAAACAAAUUGCUAUCAAACCAAAACAAUAGUGACAAUAUCUAAAGCUUUUAA